UGUCAAAAAUGCAUCAUGUUGCAGCUACGCACACAUAUGCACGUACUCUUUGCUACGGAUUGUGUAGGGCUGUGCCAAAGUGUCGAUGAUUCGUCAUACCACUCGGAGCAUUAUUUCCAUGUUCCUCGCGGGUAGUGUGUGAAGAGAAAGGUUCGUCACGAGAUGAAACAUAAAUCCGUGUUGCCUUGGAAUGGUUUAACGAGCUCAAAGCAUAAAACGACGGCGCCCUAGCAUUGUCACCGUGGCGUUAGUGUGCGUAUUGGUGUGGUGCGGCCAGUGUUUUCGUGUUCGUGCGUGAAUCCCCGAGAAAAUAUUUCCAGCGCUCCGCGAGAUAAGGCACCGUUUGUGAGACAGUUUUUCUUUCUGGCGUGAAUGGGUUUGCUUCCUCCGGAGCAACGUUUUUUAGUGUCGUGCGUUCGGGAGUGAUCUUUUCCCCCUUUUUGCUAUUGAAUUGCGGCGUGCGAUAUUAAACACAAAAGAGAAAAAGUUUAUGCGUGGAACAAGGCACUGCUGUAGGUGCCACUCGGUGUGUGAUUCUAUUGUGUUCGUUGCAAGUGCUAUUUGUCGCGUACCAUAGCUACAGAUUUGCCGUUGUAGGGAACUCCGUCCCUGCCAUUCUUCUCACUAUCCGAAUCGCAGCGUAAACGAACAAAAUGAUUAAAAACAUUUUCGGUAGCAGACGGGCGAAGGAUUCCGAGCGGAACAAAAUUUCCGAAAUCGGUCUCCCGACGAACGUGGUGCACGGGAUGCACGUCAGUAAAAACCAGCAAACGGGUCACCUGGAAGGGCUGCCGAAAUCAUGGAUCCGCAUGAUGGAUGCGCUGAUCACGCACGACGAACAGAGCAAAAACCCGGAGGCGGCCUACCAGGCGGUGAAAUUUUACAGCUAUUCGAUCAAAAAGAAGGAAGCCACGGAACCGUUCAAACCGUUCAUCACGGAAGAUGCGAUCCACGAGGAGACGGAAUCGAUCGAUCAGUUUCUCGAUCAGAAAAGUACGCACAAAAGCGAAGAUUCGCUGGCGGGAAGCAGCGAAGAGAAUGAAAGUGUCCCACAGCCACCGCCACCGCCGUUGCCCAAGAAAAGCAUGACCUUACCGCCGAAACCACAACUGAAACCAAAGCCCAAAAACUACACCAGCAAGGUGUACAAAGGCAUGGACAAUCUGCAUCUGAUCGAUUCCGGUAGCAACAGCGAAACGAUGAUCAUCCACAACGUUCCCCAUCUGGACACGCACCAAAGUUCCUAUGCGAUCUGCGCAAACGUCAACAAUAACAACAGCCUUGACCAGGAGCCCGAACCAGCCGAUAGUGAUUUAAUACUGCGACCUAAGGAAAAGCUGGCCCGACAGCCGAAGAGCGACGAGCAGGUUUACUUCGAGCUGAAGAAGAUCUGCAACCUAAACGAUCCGCUCCAGCGGUACGAGAAAACGGUCGAGGUGGGCAAGGGUGCAUCAGGGGUGGUGUUUAUUGCGCUCGAUCGUAACACCGGGUCCAAGGUGGCCAUCAAAACGAUCGACAUGAAGAACCAAUCGUCCAAGGAAUCGAUACUGAACGAGAUAAAUGUGCUGAAGGACUUUAACCAUAAGAAUUUGGUCAACUUCCUGGAGGCAUACUACCUGGAGGACGUGGACCAGCUGUGGGUAAUUCUCGAGUAUAUGGACGGUGGUCCACUGACAGAUGUGGUUACCGAGACGGUAAUGAAAGAUCGACAGAUUGCGGCCGUCUGUCGGGAGGUUCUGCUAGCCAUUGACUUCCUGCACGCGAAAGGCAUUAUUCAUCGCGAUAUCAAAUCGGACAACGUGUUGCUCGGUAUGGACGGUUCGGUAAAGGUGACCGACUUUGGUUUCUGCGCUAAUAUCGAGGGUGACGAGAAGCGGCAAACGAUGGUCGGCACACCGUACUGGAUGGCACCGGAAGUGGUGACGCGCAAACAGUACGGUAAAAAGGUGGACAUCUGGUCAUUGGGCAUCAUGGCUAUAGAGAUGAUCGAGGGCCAACCGCCGUACCUCAAUCAGGCUCCGCUACGUGCACUCUAUCUGAUUGCGGCCAACGGUCGACCGGACAUCAAAAGCUGGGACAAACUGUCGGACAAUCUGAAGGACUUUCUCGACCGCUGCCUGCAGGUGGAGGUCGACAUGCGUGCCUCGGCUGACGAGUUGUUGCGGCAUCCUUUCCUGCAGGACUGUAUGGAGCUGCGUACGCUAACGCCACUGAUAAAGGCCGCCCGCCGAUUGCUGAAGCGAGACAACUGAGGGGGCCGACUGCAAACCCCGACGCAUGCUGAAGAAAAUGGCUACACCACUUUUCUCUGCAGGUAACGGAAGCGGUAGUUAGAACGGAACAAUCGAACGUAACAAAAAAAAGUCAGAUGUAGAAUCGUUAGUAGGAACAUUUUUGCCGUAUGUGGCUGUGAGAUUUAGUGCCUUGAUACCGAUGAUACGGAAAUGGAAAGUAGAGCCAAAAAAAAAAACAAACAAACGCCUAGGGGCACACAUUGGUGCGAAAAUUUGGUAUGAUAAACGGAAAGAGUAGAAGCAGAAGGAUGGGCAUAAGCGUGUAACCUCCGGGUGCGUUGUGUUGCGCCACAAUGCGGCCAGCAAACCUCACACCCCAUAGUCAAGACGAGCUUAAAGAUAAGGAAAAAGUAGAGCUUACCAUAGAUUCGCUGAACGAGAUCGAAGGCAACAUCGAUAGCGGCAAACGGUCAGAGGUACGGUGCUGCUGCUAAAGCAGUAAGGGAUGAUAAGGACUGGUGUCCAGACGUUUAGACGAAACAGUUGUGGCUGCAUUCGAUUUUGGUGUUGGAUUUCGAUGUAGAAACGGAACAAUCAAUCAUAACGCGUGACUCUUUGUGCCGCAACACACACACACAAUCUGCAUUUGCAGUUUGGGGGGCCUUCAUGAAACAGUAUUCGGGCAGGAACAUGCCUAUGUUGGCUGGAAACCGAAAGGAAAAAGUGUGGAACAUCCAUACAUUCCACGAUUGUGCGAAGAAAGUAACCUUUUUUUUGUUUUUGGUUUGGAUUAGUAGAAGCAAUAAGCAAUCCAAGACUAUUGUCCACAUACGCUUCACGCGUACGAUCAUUGAUCACGUCACUGCCACUCGAUAGUUGUAUGAAGCUAAAAUGUGUGUUACAUUACAUUUGUGUUCACGUUUUGUGUGAACAAACCGAGCGAGGAACACUGUCAAUAAUGGAUGAGUGUUUUUUUUUAUUUUUUGGGCUGGAUCCGUGCGGACAUAUACAUAAUAUGAGCGUAAAUAGUAACAUUCCAUUGCCAAAAAGAAUGUGUGACGUACGAAACGCACAACCAACGGCAAAAGAGGCAGAAACGAUCAUCCCCAUGUCUGGAAGGUUUCUGGUGUAUGAAGAAGUCCGAGAACGAUAAUAAUGUCGCUUGCGAUUAGCCGGAACCCAUCGUCGCUACGAGGCAAGAAAAUGGAAUAAAGUGCGUUUUGUCUGCUGCAAGAGCAAACGAAGCAAAAGAGCAUCCCUUUCCCACUCUGACCAGUACGAAUUGGCAUUGGCACUGGUCCUCUAGCAGUGGUGGUAUACUAGACGGCCUCGAUGAUGACGACGGGAAGACGACGACGUCUGCUGGUUUGGUUUCGAUGUCAUCCUCCUUCACGACCGGUACCGCACACACUGGCGUUAAACUUGCUGUGCCACUGCGUUGAACAAAAACUGCAAAGUUUACUUCUGGUGAAGAUGGAGUUGAUGGUUGCUGCGAUCAUCCAUCACUUCUUGCCGUGGUAGCGCACGAGAUAGACCGGUCGUGGUGUCGUGGAACGUGCACAGAAAGUGCAUUUGUUCAGUUUACUGUGCUGCUGCUGC